CGGCCAUCUAAUCUAGUCUUUUUUUUUUCAUUUUUCGCUUCGUUGGUCUCGUGGUAACACCCGAUCUAUUUUUGAAUAUUGCUUGCCGGUCAAGCCUUUCCGACAGACGCUCUUUCAAUCCUGCUCUUCCAGACCCUUUCUGGUCUAGUUCCAGUACCAUGUAUUUGUCAAAGGCUAUUCUGUUCGUGUCCCUGGCGGCAUCGGCGAUCGCAUCGCCUAUCCGAGAGCGAGCCGACCUUCUGCAGGUUCAGGCCUACGCUCAGUUUCAAAUCUCGGAUGGCGUGGCUGGGAAUGCUCUCGAAGAGGUUGCCGCAAAGUUUCCUGUCAAAGAGUUCCGGGCAAACCUAGCUGGCGUCAGUGCAAAUGACCUCGCCAUCCUCAAGGCGGCCCGGGAGACCGCAGAGGCCGCAGAGACGGAUGCAGGUGGCUUUAACGAUGCCAUCGAUCAAGUUGGAGAAGACUCUGACGACGGAAUUGCUCUGCAGACUGGCAAGAUUAAGAAUAAGGUGCUGAAGUUGGAACUUCAGGUCCUCGCUCUCCAGAUUGAGCUUGCACAAGGAGACGGCGAUCAGGCGAAGAUCGAUGAGGAGCAGACAAAGCUGGAUAAGAAUGUGGCCACCGAUCAAGCGGGCGCAGGCGACCAGAGCCAGAGCAUCAACUUUGCGGGCAGCUCGCAACCCCAAUGAUGAUUCUCUGCCUGCCGGGGGAAGUCCAAGACCCGGCUGCUCGGGCCUGAUGCUGGUGAUGCCGGGAGCUAAAGCCAACCGAGCUAAGAUCCCAGGUUUCUGGGAUGCCGGCGUCCCAAGUCCAGAACGUGCCAGUGGGCCCAGUGGCAUCAAUAAUGCAACGCUUUCCCUCAAACAGGCAACUUAUGCCGCUGGGGAACCUGGACCCAACAGAUGGGGGCGACUUGCUAUUCGAUGCCACAUGGGCGCUCGUCUGCGAAAUGGACUCAUAAUUUCAGUGCGGCUUGGCUUUAGCAGACAACUGCAGCCGCUUUUGACCAGCGCCAGCGCAAGCUCCGGAGAAUUCCAUACAGUAGUGCAAACAUCAAUCUUGAAUUCACG